GGCACCGGCAUUAUGAGUCUACCUCCGACUAACAGGCAAAUUUGAAAAUCCUUCAAUUUUUGUUGAGCAAAGAUGAUAACCUUCACACCGCUUUCUGGCGCUGCACGCUCGUCACGGACAGUUCCACUCGCAUAUCUCCUACAAGUCGACGACGUCCGUAUUCUUCUCGACUGUGGGUCUCCGGAUUGGAGUCCAGAACCAUCCUCCUCUGCAGUGAAAUCAGAGGACUUACGACAGCACUCAUAUCACUGGGAGGAAUACUGCCAAGCCUUACGAGAGUGCUCGCCUACAGUUGAUCUUGUACUCCUCUCUCAUGGAGACCUCGCACAUACCGGGCUUUAUGCAUAUGCUUACUCUCGCUGGGGCCUGAAAGCACCUGCGUAUAGCACCCUUCCUGUACAAGCCACGGGACGUAUUGCGACCAAUGAGGAUGUAGAGGGAAUCAGGGAAGAGCAGGAUGUGGAUACAGAUAGUGAAAACCAACAUCAUAACAGUGCCUUGGAAGGAACAGAAAGCGGGUCUCAAAAAUCACCUGAGUCACAGCCCAAAAAAACAAGUGGCAAAUACAUCGCAACUGUGCUUGAAGUUCACGAUGCGUAUGAUGCUAUGAACACUCUGAGAUAUUCCCAACCUACUCAUCUGCAAGGAAAAUGCCAGGGUAUAACAAUUACUCCUUACAAUGCCGGGCACUCCCUUGGUGGAACUAUAUGGAAAAUACGUUCCCCAUCUGCCGGAACAAUACUUUACGCUGUUGACAUAAAUCACAUGCGUGAACGUCACCUUGACGGCACAGUUCUCGUUCGACCAGCUUCUGGUGGUAUUGUCGAGGCUCUUGCCCGACCUGAUCUUCUUAUUACGGAUGCUGAACGGGCAAAUGUGACAACGAGCAGAAGGAAAGAUCGAGAUGCUGCACUGAUCGACACAAUAAGUGCCACCCUUUCAUCACGUUCAUCCCUCCUCCUCCCUUGCGACUCUAGCACACGUGUACUCGAACUCCUUGUUCUCCUUGACCAACACUGGAAGUUCGCCGAUUUCCGUUACCCAAUCUGCCUGCUUUCUCGCAAUGGCCGUGAGAUGCUUACUUUUGUACGCAGUAUGAUGGAGUGGCUUGGUGGUACAGUAAGCAAAGAAGAUGUCGGUGUUGACGGGAGUGGGAAGUCAGGUGGUAAUAAGAGGAGAAGAGAUGAUGAAGGAGAAGAUGAAGCUCUAGGUGCAUUUGCACUGCGAUUCAAGCAUCUAGAGUUCUUCCCAAACCCACAGGCUCUCUUACAGACUUAUUCUUCUAAAGACCCUAAGCUUAUUUUAGCUGUGCCUGCCUCACUCUCGCAUGGUCCUUCCCGACUACUUUUCUCAGAUUUUGCUGUAGUUCCGGACAAUGUGGUCCUUCUGACAAGUCGAGGAGAAGAAGGCACUCUUGGGCGAAUAUUAUUUGACAAGUGGAAUGAUUCUCAAAGGGCAGACGACAAGUGGGACAAGGGGAAAAUUGGUAGCAACAUUAUGAUGGAUGGUACUAUGAAACUAAAGAUAAACUCCAAAAUUCCCUUACAAGGGGCUGAACUCGAAGAAUACCUUGCAAAAGAGCGUGUGGCCAAGGAGAAAGAGGCUGUUCAACAAGCUGCUCUCGCUCGCAAUCAACUGAUGCUUGAAGCGGACGAAGACGAGAGUGACGACGAGGACUCUGAAUCAGACAUCGAAGAAGAAGACGAGGUUGAUCGAACUCUUGAGAAUGAUGCAAUGGAUACGGGAGAACAAAUAUCCAGUCCAGCAAUAAGCGCUCGGCGUCGACGAAAAGCAGACAGGGGAGAAGAUGGCACAGACUGGGGCUUGGACGUGGAUGAGGGGCUGACUAAGCAAUUAUUGUCAUUCGAUAUCUAUAUCAAGGGGAAUGUCUCCAAAUCGACAUCAUUCUUCAAGACUGUAGGUGGCCAACCUCAGCGGUUUCGUAUGUUCCCUUACGUCGAGAAGAAACGAAGGGUGGACGAAUAUGGUGAGACGAUUGAUGUUGGAAUGUGGCUUCGGAAGGGUAAAGUACUCGAAGAGGAUGCUGAGAGCGACGAAUUGAAGGAAGCUAAAAGAAAACAAGCAGAGGAAGAAGCUAAGAAGAUAGUGCGCGAACCUCCUUCAAAGUUUGUCACUUCCGAUGUAGAAAUACAACUGGCAUGCCGCCUGCUAUUUGUUGAUAUGGAAGGACUGAAUGACGGACGUGCAGUUAAGACCAUAGUUCCGCAAGUGAAUCCACGCAAAAUGAUCAUUGUACACGCUCCAGAUAGUGCGACCAGCGCCCUCAUCGACAGUUGCGCCAACAUCCGCGCCAUGACAAAAGAUAUAUAUGCUCCCUCGACAGGUGAGACCAUUCGGCUUGGCCAACAAACGAACACCUUUUCCAUAUUGCUCAGUGAUGAGCUGCUCAAUACGCUCAAAAUGUCAAGGUUCGAAGACAAUGAAGUGGGCUAUGUGACUGGGCGCGUGGCCAGCCACGUCAGCUCUACUAUCCCCGUGCUUGAGCCUGCGAUAUCUUCCGCCCUUCCUUCAGACUCUUCGGACAGGAAACUGUUCCUAAGAGGACGCCAAUUAGGUUCUCGGCCAACACAGACCCUCCCACAUUCAACUAUGAUCGGGGAACUAAAGCUUACUGCACUUAAAACUCGCUUAGCCUCUGUCGGCAUUCAAGCAGAGUUGAUCGGAGAAGGUGUGCUUAUCUGUGGUGCAGGUGCGAAACGUAAUCAGCCCUCUGACACUCUGGAGGAGACUGUAUCUGUCCGAAAAACAGCCAGGGGACGAGUUGAAUUGGAGGGUAACGUUUCUGAUGUGUACUACACUGUCAGGAAGGAGAUCUAUAGUUUACACGCUUUGGUAGCUGCAUGAUAUCAUACCUCGUUGUCUCAAAUACAAAUUUCUUCUAAAAUUAUAUGUAAAGUAAUUGAAAAGCCUGUGCAUUCUUCACCCCGCCUCUGGCCAUCUAAGACUUCCCUGAAUCUUCUUUUAAGCUAACCACGCGGUUUAAUACAAGAAAAUCACCCUCUUGUCCAUGGGUGUUGUUGGUAUCCAGAGCCGCUUGCGAAAUAUGCAACUCGCAGGCCCUGGAAGUU